CCGCCGCCGUUGAUGCCCCGCCGCCCCAUGUGUCCGCGGGGCCGCCGCGCCGGCUCCUCCCACCAUGGCCCGCAAGACCGUCAGCAGGAAGCGGAAAGCGCCCGCCGCGCCGGGGCCCGGGCCCGGAGCCGGGGCCGCCAGCGCAGCCCACCAGUUUGGCCGGGACCACUCGCUUCACAAAAGGAAAAGGCUUCCGCCGGUGAAGAGAUCCCUGGUGUAUUACCUGAAAGGCCGAGAAGUCCGGAUGCAGAGCGAAUCCAGUUACCACGGGGUGCUGCUCGGAUUUGCGGCUCAGCAGCUUCCCAGCCUUCUGAAAGAGAGAGAGUUUCACCUGGGGACUCUUAACAAAGUAUUCGCUUCUCAGUGGCUAAACCAUCGGCAGGUGGUCUGCGGGACAAAGUGCAACACGUUGUUCGUAGUGGACGUCCAAACGGGCCAGAUCACCAAGAUUCCAAUCCUCAAAGACCGUGAGCCCGGGGUAGUGACCCAGCAGGGCUGCGGCAUCCACGCUAUCGAGCUGAAUCCUUCGCGGACACUAUUGGCCACCGGAGGGGACAACCCCAACAGCCUGGCCAUCUACCGACUGCCCACGCUGGACCCCGUGUGUGUGGGAGAUGAUGGACACAAGGACUGGAUAUUCUCGAUCGCGUGGAUUAGUGAUACCAUGGCAGUGUCUGGUUCCCGUGAUGGCUCCAUGGGUCUUUGGGAAGUGACGGAGGACGUGUUGAGCAAAAGCGACGCCAGGCACAAUCUUUCCCGAGUCCCGAUGUACGCCCAUAUCACCCAUCGAGCCCUGAAGGAUAUCCCAAAGGAGAACACAAAUCCUGACAACUGCAAGGUCCGGGCUCUGGCCUUCAAUCACAAGAAUAAGGAGCUUGGAGCAGUAUCCUUGGAUGGCUACUUCCAUCUCUGGAAAGCCGAGCACACCCUAUCCAAGCUUCUUUCCACCAAGCUACCAUACUGCCGAGAGAACGUGUGCCUGGCUUACGGCCACGAGUGGUCCGUGUACGCGGUGGGAUCCCAGGCCCACGUCUCCUUCCUGGACCCGCGGCAGCCGUCCAACAACAUCAAGUCGGUCUGUUCCCGGGAGCGCGGAAGCGGAAUCCGCUCCGUGAGCUUCUACGAGCACAUCAUUACCGUGGGGACGGGCCAGGGCUCCCUGUUGUUCUACGACAUCCGGGCCCAGCGGUUCCUGGAGGAGAAGUCGUCUGCUUACUACGGGGCCAAGCCCAAGCUGGCGGGGGAGAUUCUGAAGCUCACCACUGGGAAAGGCUGGCUGAAUCACGACGAAACUUGGAGGAAUUACUUUUCCGACAUUGAUUUCUUCCCUAACGCCGUUUACACCCACUGCUAUGACUCGUCUGGAACGAAACUCUUUGUGGCAGGCGGUCCUCUCCCCUCGGGCCUUCACGGGAAUUAUGCCGGGCUCUGGAGCUAAUGACCCCUCUCUUCCAAAAUGCAGAGAUUUCCAGUAACUUCCA